AUGAGUCGAGUAGGAGAUAGCUCCAUGUUGGAUUUGGAGCUGAACCUUUCACCAUCUAGGCCUAACCCGCUAGUCGAAUCACCGAAGGCAUCGAUUUCGAAUGCAUCUUCUGAAAUAUUGUCAGCAGAGAGCUCUUGUGUUUCACCAGAGCCUGAAGACAUGACUGUUAACUUCCCCAGAAGCGUCGUCACAACUCCUAUGCUAGUAGCUGGCUGUCCUCGAUGCCUCAUGUAUGUUCUGUUAUCCGAGGUGGAUCCGAAAUGUCCGAAAUGCAAGAGCACAGUCUUGCUUGAUUUUCUCAGCGCGGAAAACAACAAGAAGACAACGAGCUGA